AUGGGGCAAAUCCAACUCCAGAACAACAUUUGCGCCAUCUUUGUUCAUGCUGGCGCAGGAUUUCACAGCCGUGAAAACGAGGCUAAGCAUCUGGAAGUUUGCGCGCUGGCUGCUGAAGCUGGAAUGACUUUCUUGCGCCAUGGUGGAUCUGCAGUCGAUGCCGUGGAAAUGGCAGUCAUGGUUCUUGAGGACGCCCCGAUCACCAAUGCUGGUUACGGCAGCAACCUGACUGAUAAAGGACAAGUGGAGUGUGAUGCCUCUAUUGUUGAUCAUUUUGGUCGCAGUGGUGCUGCUGGAGCAGUGCCUAAUGUCAAGAAUCCCAUCCAACUUGCUCGCAAGAUCUAUGAUCAUUCUUACAAUGCUAUGCCUAUGUCACGGGUUCCCCCUAACUUUCUCGUCGGCGAAGGUGCUACCGACUUUGCAUGGGACCACAAGAUCAUGGUCCUUCCUAAUGAGUGCCUGAUUGCUACCUUGUCGCAUCAGCGAUACCAGAACUGGUGCCAUGAGGUUGCUGAUUACAAACGUGAUAAUCCAUUGACUGAGAGUGAGGCGGAGGAUCUCUGGCGUCGUGGGACCCCAUCUCCCAAUUCUACUCGUCUCGAGCGUGCGUAUCCGGGAUUUCAGAAAAUCCUGGACGCUGCUAGUUCGAUUGAGUAUGACCAGGAUACAUCUCAAAGUGGCUCUCUCCUUCUCACUGAGGCACUGGAUGGUGAGACCAAAAAGGGAAAGGCUCGUGCUUCCAGCACCUCGCUGACCAUCGAGCACGAGUCGACCCUGAACGAGUCCGCAAACCAUGACCGCAAGGACGGAGAGGAUCUGAUCACUGAUACAGUUGGUGCAAUUGCCGUUGAUAUGUAUGGCAAUAUCGCUGCCGGCGCCUCCUCUGGUGGCAUUGGUAUGAAGCAUCGGGGACGAGUUGGUCCCGCAGCUCUGAUCGGUGUUGGUAAUCACGUUAUCCCCGUCAACCCCAAUGAUGUUGAAAAAACCACUGUGGCUGUCGUGACUUCUGGCACUGGCGAGCACAUCGCUUCGACUUUUGCGGCUAGAACCUGUGCCGACAAACUUUACCACAACCACAGCUUGAACGACGCCGGCUCCUACGUCACUGUGAAUGAAGAGGAAGCAAUACGCGAUAUGAUCGUCAAGGAUUUCGCUGGCCACCCCGCAGUUUUGAACAGCGAAAUCCCUGGGUCUAUUGGCAUUCUAGCUGUCAAGAAAACAGUUGAUGGCAUUGCUCUUUUCUUUGGCCAUAACACCGACUCCUUUGCUCUUGCCUACAUGUCUAACAAAGACACUACUCCUGGUUGUGUCAUGUCUCGUAACGAAGGCCAGAGCCCCUGUGCUCAGGGAGGAGUUAUGAUUCGCCCCAAAAAGUGA